CCUGCGCGAGUCGGGAACUGCUUUCGAUUGUUGGCGGGCGCCGCCAUCUUGGUCAGUGAGCUUGCGAGUGGCUGUGCGAGGAGGUGUACGUAUUUCGGUGAAACAAGCAAUUCGUGAGAUUUCCCUGAAAGCCCUUGUCUACUCGUGAAAUCCACACGCAUCCAAGAUGUCGGAACGGGAGGACAACGUUUACAAGGCGAAACUAGCCGAACAAGCCGAACGCUAUGACGAAAUGGUGGAAGCGAUGAAGAAGGUGGCCUCGCUGGACGUAGAACUCACCGUCGAGGAAAGGAAUCUACUAUCUGUCGCGUAUAAAAAUGUGAUCGGUGCGAGGAGAGCAUCAUGGAGAAUAAUAUCGAGUAUCGAACAGAAGGAAGAGAACAAAGGUGCCGAGGGUAAGCUGGAGAUGAUCCGUCAGUACCGAUCUCAAGUGGAGAAAGAGCUCAGGGAUAUCUGUGCUGAUAUACUGGGUGUCUUGGACAAACACUUGAUACCUUGCGCCUCGACCGGAGAGUCGAAAGUAUUUUAUUACAAAAUGAAGGGAGAUUAUCAUCGUUACCUGGCCGAAUUCGCAAUUGGCAACGACAGGAAGGAGGCUGCAGAGAAUUCUCUAGUAGCGUACAAAGCAGCAAGCGACAUUGCUAUGACCGAGCUACCACCGACUCAUCCUAUCCGUUUGGGACUAGCUCUUAAUUUCUCCGUCUUCUAUUAUGAGAUUUUGAACAGUCCUGAUAGGGCGUGUCGCUUAGCGAAGGCUGCCUUCGAUGACGCCAUUGCAGAAUUAGAUACUCUCUCCGAGGAGAGCUACAAAGAUUCCACCCUAAUUAUGCAGCUCCUUAGGGACAACCUCACGCUUUGGACGUCGGAUAUGCAAGGAGAUGGCGAAGGAGAGCAAAAGGAGCAGCUGCAGGACGUGGAAGAUCAGGACGUAUCGUAACUCUAGCCUUAGUGAGUGAUGUCUUGCGCAUAUAAAACUGAGACAUAUGAAAAAAAAAGCAAAAACUCUUAAUAACUCGUAAGCAAAAGAAAACAAUUCAAGCAGGUGACAGUUUGAAGUGGGAAGGGGAGAUCUUUAGCGAUCGCGUGACCUUAAGCACGCGCAACGUAUGGUUACUCAAAAAGAAAAUGAAAAACAAAAAAUCGGUAUCAUUCGAUCCACACACGUAAACACACACGGACUCUCACGUACAUACAUACGUACAUAAAUAUAUACAUACACACACAGACGCGCGUACAUACAUCGAGUUACGUUGCACAUCAGAAUUGUUGAAGCUAAAAAAAAAAAGAGAGAGAAAAGACCAGGCACCUUUGGGUUAUACCACCGAGACUGGAAAGUAAAAAAAAAAAAAAAACAGAAGGAGAGAAAGGAAGAAGGGAAAGCAUAGGUGGGUGUGAUUGCACGUGCGUGGGCGUGCGUAUGUAUGUUUGUAUGUAUGUACGUAUGUAUGUAUGAAUGCAUGCAUGUGAGAAAGAAAGAAAGAAAGAAAGAAAGAAAGAAAGAAGGGAGAGGAAGAGGAAUAUCGAGAAAAGUAUACGGUUUUUUAUGAGAUCCGUACACGAUCAAAAUUAGCGUGAUUUGCAAACGUCGUUAAUAAGCGCGUUUUCGGCAAUAGAUUGAGUAAAUAUAAUUCACAAUUAAUUAAAGGUGAUAAUGUUCAAACGAAAGUGCGUGCGCGUGUUGUUGUUGGUCCUGUACGGUCGUAAUAUGUACGGCUCGUUCUAGCAGUAUUCACACAGAGAGACAGACGAGCAAGCGCCUCAGGAGAAGAGGAAGAUAACGAAGAAAAUGAAGAGAGGAAGAUGAUGAUGAUGAUGAUGAUGAUGAUGAUGAAGAAAAAGAAGAAGAAGAAAAAGAAGAGGAAAAAAAAGAUAAAGAUGGAAAAGAUCGUAUCCCCACUUCCAUUGUGUAUACCGUACGCAUUUUACAAUAGAAAAACCAACAAACGUCGAUCGAGCCUACGGUGUGUUCGAUUGUUCGUUCGUUCAUUCGUAUUACCCGGCCCUAAUCUCCUCCUCGUCCUUCUUCCCUGCUUUUUUACUGCGCGCAUGAUCGUCUCGCAUGCCACGAUAAUAAAACGGUGUUACAACGUUUAUACGCGUAAAUCGAGCGUUAAAACGAUCAGUAUAUAUAUAUACGUAUAUACAUAUAUGUAUAUAUAUACGUAUAUGUAUGUAUACAUAUAUGUGUGUACGUGCGUCUGUAUACAUAUAUAUGUAUAUGUAUAUACGAAGAAUACUAACACACAGGAACCUUUCUCCUGAAGAAAGCAAGCAAGCAAGCGCGAGAGAGAGAGAGAGAAAAAGAGAGAUCAAUCGCGUCGUUCCUCCGUGAAACCGACGACGACGUUGACAACAAUAAGAGGAAGGAGAAAGAGAAAAGAAAAAAAUAACAAAAUAAUAAUAAUAAUAAUAAUAAUAAUAAUAACAAUAAUAAUAAUAAUAAUAAUAAUAAUAAUAAUAAUAAAAAACGAGACCAAGAGUCAACGCAUUCCGCGAAUAGAAAUUGAUUUACCGAAGCUUAUGAUUCCUUUUUUUCAUCGCCGUCGAAAAGAAGAGCGCGCGUUUGUUAAAAGAAAGAAUAGGAAAAUCAUGGGAAAAAAGAAGUAAGAAAGGAAGAAGAGAAAAUAAAUAGGAUAAUCGUCAUCAACAGCAACAACAACAACAACAACAACGUAGCCCCUCCCAAGAGUGAAUAAAUAAAUAAAUAAAAUAGUCGAUGCAAUAAACACGCCCAUUCAACCUGAAUAAUGGCUUCUUUCUCGAGAGCAAACUUUGCUAUCUAAUAAUAAAAUAUUAUAAAUAAUAAUCUGCGAAAGAAAUGAAGUAUUAUUAUAUCGAGUUUUAAUAUCAGACUUUUCAUUGUAACUGCCUUUUACGCUUCUCCGAGACAGAAAAGACGGGAAAGAGAAGGGAAAGAGAGGAGAUGCUCGUGUAUUUGGGUCAAGGAGAAGUGUCGGAAAAGAAAAUAAAAAAGAAAGGGGGGAAGAAAAAAGAAAGAAAGAAUGGAAAAAAAAAGUAAACGAAACAGAAAAUUAUCGCGUUCUGCUGUAGAGGAGACCUCCCCUAUUUAGCGUUACGUUUCACAGCAAAGAAGUAGCUGUUUAGCUAGUUUGUAAUGUGGUUGUACAUUUUCAUACGCCCUUUGUGUAAACUAUUAUCGAUUGCUGUGGUAUAUAAAUAAUAACAGAAUAAACGACUCUGUACCCUACUUUCAAAUCGUCCGCGAACGAUUUCGCCUAUGUAUAUCCUCAUCAUCUUUUUCUUCUUUUUGAUUAUUUUUCGUCGGCCACUCCUCUUUCAUCGGCGCAUACUCGUGAAGGACAACCCUCCCUCCACCAUCACCACUACCAUCACGACCACCCACCACCCACCGUAACCACCUACUACAGCCCCUUUAGUUCUAAUCGACUCGACCGACGAUGGAUUCCCAUACCUCAGUCGCGAAUAUUUAAUGUUAGAUCUAAACUAUUAUUUCUUUUCAUAAGAUUUACGUUAGAUUCAUCUGCGAAAUUAAUUAUCCUGCAUAUAUUCGAUCUCACGAUGAAUAAAAAAAAGAAGAAAAGAAAAAACAAGCAAGACUACGAGUGUUUUGCGAGAAAGCGAGACGAAUAAUGUCAAUAAUCGCGAAUGUGACCCAAAUGUCCUAAAUUACAUAUCACUUUGUGUUUCGGAAUAAUUCGAUACUCUUUUUGACUUAGGUCACUUUCGUGAUCGUCGACGCGAUUCGAAAAUAAAUACAAAUUCUAAGCGAUGGCGAUCAGUAAUAGUCUUUGUAUCUAAAUAUUAUAGCAAUAGAGAAUCGAUAAUUAUAUAUACAGCGUGUACCCUUUUUGCCGAUUCAUGCGAAUAUCGAUGAAAUUGUUAAAAAGUUAUGAUAUUCGAAGUUAUAAAUAUAAAGAUGAACAUAACCUAAGUAUGAAGAUUUAUCGACAUAGAUUUUCGAUAUCGCUAAUGAUCUUUACGAUAUUCGUAAUAAUCAAUUAAAAUAGGACACUCUGUAUUUACAUGAUGCAAAGAUUAAUUAAGUAAAAGAGGAUUUGAUAAAGGAUAAUGACACCGUAAGUAUGUAUGUAUGUAUACGCGAAAAAAUUUCAAAGUUGUAAUAGAGAGGCUAUCGAAAGGAUGAACUUGAUCAACGCACAUACUUUUUUCGAUAUCGUUGAAUAUCGAGAAGAAAUUAAAUAGCGCGAGUAAAAUUCAUAUAUGAAAAUCUUAAUAAGAAUAAUGAUUAUAAUAAUAAAGAAAAAAAAAUCUGCGGAUGUGUAAAGGUCAAGAAAGAGUCUCGUUUAAUUACGAGAUACGUUGGAUGUAUGCGUAAUGUUACGCGAUCACGAUAUCAAAGGCGUCGAGAUUAACUAUCAAGAUUAAUUUAUGAAAAUGUAGAUGUAAAUUGGACUCUGCGAUUAUUAACUCAAACGAUUGUCACGUUUUCGUCUUUGGUAAUAUCAGUUAUCUUAGAUAUGUAAAAAUGGCGGCAGUCGGCACAAUUCUCGCAGAAUGCAGAUUUUUUUGAGCCAAUCCCACUUAAACCGUUAAAAGAUAAUUAUUAUACAUUGAAAUUAUCUCGAACAACCCAUUCCAAGUUUUGCAUGGGGAUAUGUUAAUUAUUAAUAGCGAGUAGAUUAUUCUAUAUUUUUUCUUUAAGCGGCCGGCAAAAUAAAUAUUGUUAAUUCUAAUACGUGUCCUCGAAACUCGUAAGAAGUAAAUUUUUUAUAUGAUAUACCUUUGAUUGGAGAAUUUGGCAAAAAAUGUUGAUAUUCGUUUGUCGUAAAUGAGGAUUCGUGAAGCUUUGUAUCGAGUGAAUUUCUCGAUGAUCAUUUAUGAGGUUAUGUAUGCUCUAUACGUUAAGAGGACUUGAUUUUUUUUUAACGUAUUUAACACUGUUAUGCGGAUCGUAGCAUGGUUCUUGUAGGUAAAAUACGUCGCGAUAAAUUAUCUAAAUUAUCAUUGAAAUAAUCGAUAACGUUAUUGAUAAUCAAGAUUUUAUUAAGUCUUACUUUGAGAAUAUUGCGAUUUCUUUACUUACAUAUUAUUCCUAAACGUGUUCUCUUCACUUUAAUUUUCAAUUCUGAUUCACUCGUGACAUUUUCGAUUUAUCGUAUUGGUCGGUCGAUCUCCUCGUCUAUUCUAACCGAUUUGUGCUUCUACUACCCUUUCUUUCUCUCUCUCUCUCUCUCUCUCUUUCUAUCUGUCUCUCUCUCUCUCUCUCUCACACACACCACACACACAAUACACAGCACGCGCACGGACCGUUCGCAGGAUAUGAGCAUUUAACUUACGUCACUGCAACAUUAGAUCGUUAGAUCGAAAAUUUCGAUCGAUUCUUUUGUGUAUCCAGUUAACGUAUACUCGAUGGAUCGUGAUUCAAGAUUAAUCGUAACCCUUCCUACGAACGAGUACUGGCUUAAGUCUCAAGACUUUGACGCGUUUGUUGUGUUGUUUCGAUUAAUAAUCUCUUUCGGACCACGCGCGUUCUUACGCUCUGUAUUGCAACAAAUACGGUUAUACAUGGGUCUAGUACCCUUCUUUUUCUGUAAAAGUAAACAUUUUAAAGCUACAAAUAAACGGACUAUAAACGUCUGCUCUUUGUUACACUUUAUUGCUAAUAAGUAGAAAUGGAAAGGAAUGAAACAUUCAUUCUAGUAAAAUACCAAGCAUAAAAAUAAAUAAAUAUUACUAUGAAUACAA